AUGGUUCUUUCCCGCAAACGGCACCACAAUUCGAACAAUUCCUUCGUUCCACCUUACGCCCAACCCCCAAACUCCAAAGUCCCCAAAUCAACCGCCGCCGCCGCCUCCAACGUUCGCCGGCAAACAGUCAAUGACAGCGUUUCAUCGUCUUCUUCAGUUGUUGUUAAGUUUGUUUCUGUUCUUGCCGACGCUGGUUGCACUUUAAUUAACCCUACCGGUCCUCCUUGUCUCCCCUCUGACCUUCUCAAGCUCCGCCUCCACCUUCAACGCCGCUUUUCUGAUGACUCUGCUCUUCGUGCUGAUUUUCUGAGUGGUCUCUCUUCUUACAUCAAUGUUUCAUCUGAUAAUCUUCGCCGGGUUUUACUGCCUUCACAUUGUGAAAGCAACGGCUCUCUGAAAAGUGAAAGCCUAAUGCGAGUAUUAUUGCUGGUUGAAGCGAUCCAAUUACAUGUUCAAAAUAUAUUGCUUGAGAAACUUCCUGAAUUUUUUGACCUGGGCUUUCAUGAUCGUACCUCUGGAUCAUCAUCCUUGCGUCUUGAUGAGGAUAUAGCUCGGUUGAUCCUCAACCAGUUCCGGUGGCUUGACUUUCUUGUGGAUUCUCAGGCAUUUACUGAAAAACUGUUGCAAGUUUUAUCCAUUUGUCCCCUUCACUUGAAGAAAGAGAUUAUUGGGUCUUUGCCUGAGGUUAUUGGGGUUCAGCAUAACAAAGUUGUGGUUGAUUCACUUCUUCAGAUGCUCCAUGAAGAUUCUUCUAUCAUUGUUCCUGUGCUUGAUACUUUCUCCAACAUCAACUUAGAUGAUUUAUUGCAAGAUCAGGUGACUGCAGUAGCAUUGUCUUGCAUUCGCACGGUUGAGGUGGAAGAUAUGCCUUACCUUCUCAGAUUCUUAUUACUAUCUGCUACACCAAAGAAUGCUCGGCGAAUAAUAUCAAAGAUUCGGGAACAGCUAAAAUUUCUUGGUUUGUCAACUGUUAUGGCUACGCAGCACAGUAAACUCAAAGGGAAAGUUGUUGCAAAUAAUGCAGAUGCUUUAGUUCUUGAUGCAUUGAAAUCAAGUAUUAGAUUUAAAAAUAUGCUUUGCGAAGAGAUUUUGAAAGUACUGCAAAGCGUUGAGAAAGUGCAGGAUCAUAAGAUGAUUGACAUGUGGUUUUUUGUACUCGUAUAUAUGAAUUGUGAGGCAUUGCAGAAAAGUGUUCUGAAGUUACUUAAGAAAAAAAUCAUUGAAGGUUGUAUUGAAGAAGCUAUGUUUUAUCAGUGCAUACAUGGGAAUAAGGAUUUGGUGCAGGAUUAUCUCCCCAUUUUUCUGUCUAUAUCUGAGUACUUAACAUCAUGCAAAGAAAAGACACUGAGGGAGUUCAGCAAUCACAUGUAUACAUGUUUGUUUGAGGAGCUUCAUGAUACUUAUUCAAGACAGGAAAUUUUAGGAGCUUUAGCGUCCCAUGUAGGCUCUGGGAUCAGUCUUGAAGUGAAUACUGCUUUGGAAGCCAUGCUUAAGCUGACCUCCAAGCAUCCGGAGGAAUUGGUUCAGCUUGCUUCUCACCUAACUGGUAUCUUGGAUUACUUGGAGAGCUUCAAUACUGAAAGCCUGCACAAGGUCUAUGAAGUUUUCAGUCUUCUUGCUCUUUCAGCUCAAUCUUGUUCAGAUUCAUGUGGAUCUUCUAUCAAGAACGAACUUCUAAUGAUCAUAAGAAAGCAGGUGAACCAUGUUGAUCUUUCUUACAAGAGAAUGGGUCUUAUUGGAACAUUGAAGGUAGUUUCGCUUCUGGGGGAUGGAACUAGUCCUUCUCCAUCUCAGGUAUCAAAUUAUGAGGAAGCUCUUGAACUCUUGGAAACAUCUUUUGAAUCAUGCAAGCAGUUGCCCUUACCACUGAUCUUAUUUUAUGAAGAAUUGGCUGCUACCAUGCAAAACAGGAUGCUUCAUCCAGCAAUCAUAGAAUGGAUAGGCAAACAUGUAGGAGAGUUUGAAUCAAAAUUCUUAUCUGAUCUAGAUGGUGGUGAAUUACCUUCCAAAGGCUCGUAUUGUGGUUUGGAAGGGGAACUUUGGAUGAACCUUGAUGGAGAUAUAUCUCCUGUAUGCCUGAAUAUUUUGCCGCUUAUUUCCUCUUCAUUAAGGUCCCCAUCUCCAUUACAGAUUCUUCCUGCUUACUUUGUCUUACUUUCUGCUAUUGAGAGUCUGGUAAACCAAGGAUCUCUUGGAGGCAUUGACGCACUUUUGGGUUGCCCUUUACAUCUUCCAUCUUCUAAGUAUCUUUCCGACUCCAUGUGGCAGUCGUUGAGUGGGAAGCAAAAGCAGACUAUCAUUCUCUGUCUUUAUUAUGCUGCUAAUUGGAUACGGGAACUCCUCAAUGCAUUUUGUUCUCAAGUUACUGAAAAUUUUGACUCCAUAAGUCAAGCAACAAAGGAGGAGAUUACUCUUAAGCUAGUGAAACGCUUAAGAAACCUUAUAUUCCUGGAGAGUUUGAUAAAUGAGUCUCUCAAACAGUAUCCCCUAUGCUUGCCAGAGCUCUACCCUUGUAUGGAGACCCUAUCUUCAAGCCAAUAUCAAAUGGGAGAUUUGGAAAAGAAAAGUGAGCUUAUUCAAGAAAAUAGAAGUGUCUCUCAGAAAAGCAAGAGAAAUAUCAGAAAAACGUCAAAAGUCUCAAAGUCUUCAACUGUGGAUGAUAAACUGAAGCAGCCAACAAUCAUCGAAAUGCUGAAAAAAGCAGGCAGCAUAACAAGCCAAGAAAUACUGAAUGAGGAUUCCUCUGGUAAGAUGCCAAAGGGCAGUAUGUGCGAGGAUGGCAAAAAGGAUGCACCUGAUUCCGAUAUCAUACGAAUUGUAGAAAUUUUUGAAGCUGUGAAGAAGGUAGAAGCACAAAAACACAAAUUCAGGCCUAUUCGAGUUCAUUGCUAUUCCAUCUUAGCAUUUAAAAAGAAUCAAGAACUUUGCUGCAGUGAUCCUUCUGCUGAGUUACCUCUUCACCUGUAUCUGUUAAGAGACCUUAACCAAAAGCUGGACUACUUUAGUCCUCUGAGCAAACAAAUUUCUCUUCAAUGGAUGAGUCUACACCCUGGUUUCAGUGAGAUGAAAGGAGCUGAAUUCUUAAACCAGCUUCGUCCACUAUUUCCAUUUUUUAAAGGAAAUCUGGAUUGUGCCAUUAGUGGUCUUAAAGAAGGGGUUGAAGUUUGUCAAUAUCAUUGGAAAGAUUAUUCGACUUUGGCAGGAAACCCAAGCAUAGUUAAAAUGGUUGUUUCCAAAUCAUUGGUUUACAGCUUUGUCUUUGUUGAGACACUCUGUUGCUUUGGCAAGAUACUAAAUCUUACAAAUAUUCUGAAUGAUAAAACUGCUCUUUCAGACCUUCUUGAAGCAUUCCAGUCAAUUAACAUGCCAGAGUCUUUCUUUCAAGGCAUGCAACUCAUUCCUGCAACAGGAAGUAUAGAUUACCUAUACUGUGGUACAUAUUAUUUCCUGGAAGGGGUCUUUGAUGCAGCAAGGACCAUCUCAUAUAAGCUGGCUUCAGAAGUGGUUGUGGCCUUGGAGUCUGUAACUAUUUCCAUCCAAAAGUUCCUCGAUAAAUCUGUAAGUGGGAGAGCAAAAGGAAUUGACCCUGGAUCUACUAAAGAACUCCUCAUUUUCCUGAGAAACAGAUUGGGAGCUUCUGCACAGAAACUUUUGUUUCAGAAGCGUGAUGAUAUAAUUGACAAAAGUUCAAAAAUUAAAGGACAUAUAGUUCAGAAGGUACUCCACAUUUAUUUGGAAAAUUGUCAAUCUACUUCUGAUUCACUAAAUGAGUUGGCUUGCUCUAUCUUGCCUCAGGUAACUUCACAAAGAACUGCAGUUGAAGAUGAUCAGGAGUUGCCUACUCUCUCUCCUUCAACUUUUGUUUCUUGGUACCGAGUCAUGCAUGAAGAGAACCUGGCUGUAAUAAAUAAGUUGACUAAGGAGGUUGCCUGGUUAGAGAAGCCUCGAGCUGCUGCUAAAGUUGAAAAUGUAGAAAAACUCCUGGACAGACUACAACAGUCUGUAAAUGUGGUUGUAUCUUUAGUUAAUAUGUGCAGGACCCAUGAUAAGGUUAGCGUGCAUGGAAUGGCUGUCAAGUAUGGAGGAAAGUUUGUAGAUUCAUUCCUAAAAGUUUUUGGCUUUCUUCAGGCCCAGUUUCAAAUGCACAAUGAGCAGAUAAUUAGCAUGGUUAAGGAGCUCCAGAAAGCAACAAGAACCAUACAGACAUUGUGCUCUGAAGCAAAGGUGUCAAAACAAACAGCUAUCACCAGUAAAAUUCCUGCUACAAAGAGAUCAAUGGAGAGGUUCUUAUUUCAUGUGAAGGCUCUUCUUCACGGUACAAGUGAAUGCACCUUUUGGAUGGGCAAUCUUAAGCAUAAAAAUUUGAUGGGACAUGUUGUCAGCUCGCAAGCAUACGUGGAUGAUCAAAAUGAAAAUAUUCAAUCAAAAGCCAGUGAAGUGAAUGUUGCGGAUGAACCAAUGAACGUUGCUUGUGAAUGAACAUGAAAGGAGCAUAAUGGAGGAAAGGCAGAGAGGAGUUAGUUCAAAAGAUUUUUUUCCUCGCUUUGAAUAAAUAAUGAAGCAACCCAUGGUUUUUUAACCAUUCCUCUCAGUGAGUGUUUUUCCAUACCGGUGAACAUUCAUGAUGUUGCAAAUAUAGUUAGUUGUGCAAGUCCUGCCCAAGUAAUGAGCAGGCAACAUAGACAUGAAAUGAUUAGCCACAGAUGGAAAACCUUUGAGUAAAUGCAUUGUUGAUGGAUAGCUGUAUAUUCUAUACUGAAGUUACAUACAAACUUUUGAGUAAAUGCAUUGUUGAUGGAAAACCUAA